GAUCGUUUCCGCGGGCACGACUCUCUCUAUACGCAUGAAGUGGAGCAAUUGGUUCUAGGGCAACCAGCGUGUCUUCUCCAUAACGGAGGUCUCUAUUUCAGCUGCUUUUCCCAAGUGGAUUUAUCUUCUUGUUCACUAUGGCUGUUACCGAGGCUCCAUGCGACUUGUCUUAUUGCAAGAUGAGGGGAAUCGUGUCAGUUCUCACUGCUUUUAUCAAGGAGAGGAAAAUGGGUCUGAAUGACUUAAUCUCGAAGCUGGUGUCAAACCCACAUAUCUGUCAUCACUCUGAAGUUGACUUCCUCAAGAUCGAUGAGAACCAGAAUGAAGAGCUGGACGAUGAUGAACUUCUGAAUCCGAUGUGCCUGGCGUUCCCCAGAAGCUCUCUAGCGGAGGAGUUGGCGAUCAAACCAAGUGAUUUUGACUACCUGAAAAUCAUUGGCAAAGGGAGCUUUGGGAAAGUCCUGCUGGCUCGUCACCGGGACAGCAACGAGUAUUACGCUGUCAAGGUUCUACAGAAGAAAAUCAUCUUGAAGAAGAAAGAGCAAAAGCAUAUCAUGGCGGAGCGAAGUGUCCUGAUGAAGAAUAUCAAACAUCCUUUCCUGGUGGGCCUGCACUUUUCCUUCCAGACUACUGACAAACUCUACUUUGUCCUCGACUACGUGAAUGGAGGAGAGUUGUUCUACCAUCUACAGAGAGAGAGGGUGUUCCUAGAACCCAGAGCCAGGUUCUACGCUGCAGAGAUCGCCAGUGCUCUGGGAUACCUCCACUCCCUGCAUAUUGUUUACAGAGAUCUGAAGCCUGAGAAUAUCCUGCUCGCCUCAACGGGACACAUCGUCCUGACAGACUUUGGCCUCUGCAAAGAGGGCCUGGCACCCACUGGAACCACCACAACCUUCUGUGGAACGCCAGAGUACCUGGCCCCCGAGGUGCUGCAGAAGCAGGCGUACGACCGCACAGUGGACUGGUGGUGCCUGGGAUCGGUGCUGUACGAGAUGCUCUAUGGACUGCCACCCUUCUACAGUCGUAACACAGCUGAGAUGUACAACAAUAUCCUGAACAAGCCUCUGAUACUGAAGCCCAACGUGUCCAACUCGGGCAGGGAACUGUUGGAGGGACUCCUGCAGAAGGACCGCACCAAGAGGCUGGGAGUGAAAGAUGAUUUUAUGGAGCUGAAGUGCCACACCUUCUUCUCACCCAUCAACUGGGAUGACCUGAUGGCCAGGAAGAUCACACCACCCUACAUUCCCUCUGUGAGCGGGCCCACGGACCUCAGGCACUUUGACCCAGAGUUCACCCACCUCCCUGUGACCUCGUCGCUGUGCAACACGGACGGCCUGCUGGUGACCAGCAGCAUCAAGGAGGCAGCUGGAGCCUUCCCAGGCUUCUCCUAUGGACCCACUGACGGCUUCAUGUGAGGGACUCCUCUGUCUUCAUCACCUCUGUUGAUGAUGAGAGGGGGAUGGGAACAAAUAGAGACACCGGCAGAGACAGGCACCAUGUACUGUAUGAGUGGUGUGGGAGGUGUUCAUGGGUUGUUAAUAAGACUCCUGAACAUGCCUGAGAGGAAAAGGGGGGGAGGGGAGAG